UCGUUCAAGUGUCCAACACCGCAUCAAACUGCCCAGUCUUGAUCCUCACGAGCACAUACAUAACGUCAAUUACCCCUGUACCCUAGACAAAAUCGGCAAAACCCCAAGGAACUUUGUAAUCGCUUGAUAAAAAAACGCACACUCCGUUCUUUGAGACAAUCCAUUGAAAUCAGUGAAGCAGUUGUCAUCUCCCCAAAGCGAAGUGUCGCACUUUGAGGUUAAUUUCUCUUACUGUUUGAGGCUUCGAGACGGUGAAAUCGCCGGGCAAGUGGCCCCCAAAGCCCUUAAAUUACUGUCGAAUACUCAAUGAUCAGAUAAAAACGACAACUGAAUAACUCAAUUAUUAUUUUUCCACUGGAAUUAUUGUGCUGAGGGUAGAAUAGAUGAUAGAGGGUGGGUCCAAGGCGUUAGGACGUGUCAGUGUAUUCGGAAUUUUGAUCCACGAUUAUUUUUUACUGAAUCAUGGAUACUGAUGUCGAAUCGUGUUUAAAGGAUUGGAAUGAUCUUGCAACGGAUUUCAAGGAGCUGGAGAAAAAAGGGUUUGGGAGGGAACAUCUGCCGAACUUGGCCUUUGGUCACUUGACAUCUUUGCCCUGACAUCAAUUAUUAACAAGAGAAUGUUGGUGUAUUUUUCAGGAUAAAAUAGUUCCACAGGUGCAACAAACGUCAAAGACUUUUAGGAUUAGAAGUAGUGAAGAAGCAUGAAUUUGCAAAAUCCAAAAUACAUUAUUGAUCAUUUACAUAGUUUUCCACGCUCUCAACAGGGAAUACGUGGCCAAAUUGGAAGAACUGGCCGAGCUUCAGGGGAAGUGCAUCAAUGGAAUUUCCCAUCAGAGGUAUCGCAUGGGAGUCAUCUCCAAGUCUCUCAAGCAAAUGCAAGUGAGUGAAGAACGUCACAAAUUGAGAAAAGACAUGGAGAGAAGAGAGGAGCAAUUGCAUGAAAUGGAACAAACAUUACCAAAGGCCAAUGGCACGUAUUUAUCAAUUAUUCUCGGCUCAGUCAAUGUAUCAAUAUUGAACAAAGAUGAGAAGUUCAAGUACAAAGACGAGUACGAGAAGUUUAAGUUGGUACUCUCUGUUAUUGGGUUUAUCUUGAGCGUCAUUAAUUUAUUUACCAAUGUCAGAACCCUUGAAUUGAGCUUCAUGUUUCUCCUAGUAUGGUACUACUGUACAUUAACGAUACGCGAGAGCAUCCUGAAGGUGAACGGUUCCCGAAUAAAGGGCUGGUGGCGUUUUCACCAUUUUUUGUCGACAGUUGUAUCUGGUGUUUUACUCGUGUGGCCUGAUACUGACCCCUGGUACGCAUUUCGAGGGCAAUUUAUGUGGUUCAACGUUUAUAUCAGUUUCGUUCAAUAUCUCCAAUUCCGCUAUCAAAGUGGAGUUCUCUACCGUUUGAAAGCCCUGGGUGAGCGUCACAACAUGGACAUAACCAUCGAAGGGUUUCACUCGUGGAUGUGGCGAGGCCUAUCAUUUCUCCUCCCAUUCCUCUUCAUAGGUUAUUUCUUUCAAUUGUACAAUGCCUACACGUUAUACCGCCUGAUGUCUCAUCCCGAAGCAACCUGGCACGUGCCAGUGCUCGCAGUGAUGUUCUUCAUUCUCUUCCUCGGCAACGCCAUCACAACAAUACUCGUUGUACCCCAGAAAUGGCAGGACAGAUUCAGGAGUCAAUUACCAGAUGUUUUUAAUUUCAAGAAUGAUAAAAGAAAGAACUCACUGGUCAAGGAGGAGCUCUCCCAAGACAAAAACUCGAUGAAAAAGAGUGAUGAGACUACUCAACAUCAAGAGAAGAAAUUGAAUUAAUUUAUUCAUUGGUUAUUAGGUAAUUUAAUGGGAUUAAGCGAAUGUUUUAUUCGUAUUCUCUUCAUUUUUCUUCUCAGUUUUUCUUGUAAUUUUUGGAGAUGAUUUACAGUGCUUUCCUCGGCAUAAUAUUCGAUGUCAAUUAAUAUUGCAUAAUAUAGUAAUAUAUUUUUUUUUAUUAUGCUGUUGGGUGGAAAUAGUUUCGAUGGGGAAGUGGUAGAACAAAUGAGAUAGUUUGUUUUCUAAUGAUUUUUUUAUGAAGAUGUUAAGAUCUGGGGGGGUGAGUGGGUCUAGGGGGAAUGGCAGGGGAUUUUUAUGGUAGACAAUCAAUUCUUUUACUGUUUUUAAUUCAAAUCGAUCAUGAAUAAGGUAAAUUUUGUUUUAAUAGCGAUUGAUAAAUUGAACAAGUUAAUUGUUAUUGGUUAAUUCUGACCAUUUUUAUGAAUUUGUUAUCUAAUUGUUAUUGAUUUGUAAAAUGAUUCCAAUUUAAAUCUCGAAAAAUCCAUUCUUUGGAAGACAAUGUUGAAAAAUAUUUUCUCUUAGAACCAUUCAUUACCGAGGUAAUUUCAUCAUUAUCAGUUAACAUUAUGAAUCUUCUGUCCUAAUAUUUCUAUGUUCGGUUAAAGGAGGUCGAAAUAAUUAUUAUUUUUUAUUAUUUUGGUAAAGAAUGGAAUUGUCUUGGGGAUGAGUGGCUUUAGAGAGAAUGAUAGGAAAAGUUUUUUGUCAUAAAUUUUGGACAUAAAUGAAUCGUUUAUGAAAUAUUCGCAAAUUAGAGAAACUUGACAAAUUAACAACGCUAGUUUUGAUUAAUUACUUAUUUUUAUCUCAAUAAAUGCUGAUUUUGAAAUUAUCAACAUUUAAAUCGUGAAAACUUGCUUCUUUUCAAGGAAUUAAUGAGAACUAUUUGUCUUCAGGGCCACUCAUUUGCGAGAUCACUCCAUUAUUAAAAAUUAUGAAUUUUCUUCCUUGAUUUUUUUUCCACGUUAAAUGAAGUGGAAUAGAAGAAGUAGUUUCUUCUUGCUUCCGAAUGGAAGCUUUGUAUUUGAUCGAUUUUUCAAUUCUAUAAUUUUUUUCGAAUUACUUUGGUAAAAAAUGGAAAGAUUUGGGAGCGAGUGGAUUUACGGGGUGACCGGCGAUUUUCUUUUUUUAGACAUUCGUCAAUCGUUUGCUGUUCGUUCUCAAAUCUAUUGUUAACGCGAUUAUUUCAAAGUAAAAUUGGAUUAAUUAUUAUCUAAUAAUUACUAUUGAGAUUAAAAUUUUCUGAAUUUCAAAUCGCGAAAUAUUGUUUGGAAAACAAUGGUUGGAAAUAUUUAUUCUUAGGAUCACUCAUUACCAGGAAACAUCUUCAUUACUAAAAAUAACAAAUGUUUUUUCUCUUUUUUUCUACACUCUUCUACUUUUAAAAAUGUCAGGAAACAUUUUUGGUCCGAAAUUUAAUUAUCUGACUAAAAGUAUUCUGACAUUUUUUCUCUCUUUUCGAAAGUUAUCUAGAUUAUCUUUCAAUCGAUCAUUUAAUGUAUAAAAUCGUGUCAUUCAAAACUGAUUUUUGGCCAUUCCGAUAUUCGCAAAAAUUAUAAAUACCUAUUUUUUAAAACCUAGAAAAAAUUGAAAGCUUUUACAAAGAGUCUUGUUAAUAAUUAUUCAUAAAUAAAUAAAUAGAGGGAGAAAUUAGAAAUGGGUAGCUACCAGGACAAAUGAAGGCCAUUUGGUGACUUAAGUGAGAAAAUACUCAAAUAAAACCAGCAACAUAUAUGUUUCUUUAAAUUCAUUUUUAAUAUGUACGUAUGCACAAGUAUAUCUAAUGGAUUAUGGUCCGAAAUUGUAAAAUAAUACCAAAAUGAUUCAAGAAUGAACUUUAACUUUUAUUUAUUCGUAUGCAGAAUCCGCAUCAACUGGCUCAUAGUAACCAAAGUUUUCACACUCUGGACCCAUUUGACAAAAGGCCCUUGUUCUUUCAUUUCUCUCUGUUUCUUGUCUGUUUCGAUUUACUUACAUUAUUCUAAACAUUUUCAUAGUGUUCUGAAAAAAGUUCUUUGCAGUUUCUCGUUGCAGUUUUUCAGUAUUUCAUGGUUUUAAAAUACUGACAUGAACUGAAAACAGCUAUGGGCAUGUUGUGAAUUUUUGCGCACACAUGUUAAGUAAUCCCAAUAAUACCUUCCUCAGCCCAAAUAAAUCUCCACAAGACUAACAUAAAAUUGUAGAGUCUUCACACUGAAUCCACAUAACAAAAGACCCUUUAUUUUUGUUUCUCUCUUUUCCAUUGGCUUAUCUCAUACUCUAUGUUCUCUUAACACUUUUCAUUAGGUUUACUUACUUAUGAGAAAAAACAUUAAAUGUUUUCUCGAUAUUUUCAGUAUAAAGUAAACUUUGUCAAAUGAAAAAAUUAAAUGGUGGAUGGGUUGAAAUAUUCCAACUCCAUGCAACGUUAACAUGAAUGAAAAGAGGAGAUAUUCCAAAUGUUCCGAUAUUCCACACAUAGGUCAUUCAUAAAGAAUGGAUAUUAAAAAACAUUCUGAAAAUCUUUUUUGAAUUUUUCAAGCCCAGUUUUAGCAGGGAGCAGUAAACAUUGAUUAAAAAAAAAAAAUUAAUGGAAAAUUAAAUUGUCGUUCAGCUGUUACUUCAAGCGAUCCGUGUUCUCAACUGUUCCUCAGAAGAACCGCUGGAAGGAACAGUAUGUUUAAACAGGAAAUGACAAUAUUUCUAAACUAAGUUUCCUGUCACGAGUGCUCAUCGUUCCAUUAUAAAAAUGGGCUUGAAGAAUUCCGAAUUGAGAAAAAAGUUAAAAAGUCUUUUUUUAUUACCAAUAAUUAUGUGUGAGUAUUGAAAAAUUUGCCUCCCUCCCCCCAUGUUGGGGUUGGUAAUUUCUUAUGUCCACACUGAGAAUAAAAAUUUUUUUUAGAUAAAUAUUCAUUUACUUCAGACAACGAUUUAUUUUUUAAUAACAUUCUUCUUCAGUGAAUCCGUUACAAUAGCGGUACUCAUUAGGUUUUAAUCAGGUUAAUUAGAUUUUUCUAGAACAUAAUCAUAUUAGGAAUAACCUUGAGUGAACUAUUUCAAUAAUCAUGAGCAUUAAACAAUUCCUCGAAAUUCUUCCCUCCACAAAAUUGGAAAUUUACAGAAGUGAAAAAUCAUUAACGGAUUUCAUUAUAGUUCUGGGCAGCCUAGCCAUACUCAAGAGCAAUAGGAUUGUCAUCAUUGAACUCUAAUUAAUCCUCUGAGAAUGACUGCCUCUAAGAAAUAUAAUUUGUGAACAAUGAAUAGUUCUCUUAAGUAAAUGGAUAGUUGUCGAAAAGAAUUUUUUUCCUCUGCAAUUUCUGACUCUAUUCACUUAUUCCUCAAUAUUUAUUAAAAAGGCUCUUUGGAAAUAUUCCCUAUUUUUUCUAGUUAAAAUAUAUAUCUCUGAGGUUUUUGGGAACCCCCUAGUCCCGAAAAUCAAUUGAAAAUUGGGUGACUUUGUAAAUGAAAAAAAAAACAAAGGCGUCAUUUUUUGAAAAAGUCAAAAUAUUGAUUAUUUUUUGCAAAAUAGGUUGUUUAGUGUAUCAAAAAAUCGUGGAAUAAAUAUCAGAAAGCCUAGGAGAACCAUAGUAGUUGAGGUAAUUUUUAAAGUGCUCGCUUAUGCAUAAGGUUGAAUCGGAUAUUGAUAAUCCUAAUGUUUCCUCCAAAAUGUCGAUUUAUCGGCAAUACAAAAAAGUCAGGAACUAUCGCCAUUUCAUUUAAGCUUAUGUCUAAAUGAUAAUUUCAGAAAUUAUUUACGUUAUAAUUUUCCUAGGCUGUCGGAGAUUCCGUACGUCCUUAGAAACUUUACCACACAGACAAAAGUAAUCAUAAAAUACCAUAUCAGUAAACACGAAAAUUAUGAUUUUAAACUUGUAAAGUACGAUUUUGAAUACGUAAAUCACGAUUUGGAAAAACGUUAAUUACGAAGUCCAAUCUCGUGAUUUACGGUUCUUUUUCCGUAAUUUACGAGAUCUCAAUCACGUAACAUCCUUGUUUGAUAAGAUUGUAAAUGUAAUCGAAAAAAAAAAUUUCUGGCGGUACGAACUCGUUACGUUUCAAAUGAUUCUGAAUCAUCUGGACUCACCUUUUCAAGACAUUUUUUCAAAAAUUUCUCUCUGAAUCUUUGAUCGAUCAGCUGGUUGAUUGUGAGAUCUCGUAAAUUACGGAAGAAGCAGCGUAAACCACGAGGUCAUCCUCGUAAUUUACGUUCGUACAAAUAGUAAUUCACGUUUUCAAAAUCGCAAUUUACGUGUUGAAAAAUCUCGUAUUUUACGAUUAGUUUUUUCUUGGUGAAGGAAGGUAAUAACAAGAAACGAUAAAUUUCUUGAUUUUUUUUAACCACUCCUUAACCCUUUUAGUGCCUGGAGCCGUUAUAUCGGCUCCAGCUGUACUUGCGAAAUAGGCACCACUGUUUCGCCCGGCAGUAGAAGGGUUAAUAGGAUAGAUAAAACGAAAAAUAAAAAUCACCCUGAAUUAUUCUUUUACCACUUCGCUGAUUUUACUGUAGCAAAUUUCAAUAUUCUGUUAUUUUUUAUCAAUUUCUUUCGCUUUUUUGCGAGUUGUUGUGAUUGUGAAUGGAUUGUAAUGGAAUAAAGCGUGUUGGUAGAUCAAUGAUGAGGUUUUUUUAAGUGUUCAGAGCCCCAAGGGAUCGCCCAUCAACAAAUUUGAGUGAUGCUUUUCGCCAUCGAGAAUGUACGCUUUUGUGAAUACUCGAUCGUCGGACGAUGUCGAGAGUUGAACGUAGUCUUGCUGGAUAGCCAUAAACAUUUCGGAUAGAGUUCACUGCCCAUAAACCCACUUUGCCCCGACGAAAACAUAACGUGUCUAAAAACUAUUUCAGAAUAACAAAUUUUAAUAUUGAUCUUUUUGGAGAUUAUCCAUAGAAAACGAAAAACUUGUAACCAAUGAACUGAAUCGAAAAAUUUUUUAGCUUGCGAAUGAUUCCAUUCUUUCAAGGUAAUUAUCAACGAUUUUGAGAUAAUCGAUUUUUUUCUAAAUCAAAAAUGUCUAUUUCGUCAAUUAUCGGAAUACAGUUGAUUCAGGUGUUUUAUGAAGGAAUAAAGUGGCAGUCCCAUUACUGUGUAAUAAUCGCCGUUGAUUUUCUUUAUCAGACAGCCUCCUAUUCCCUGAAUCCCAUAGCCACCUGCUUUGUCCCUAAAAAAUUGAAAAAAAAAUCAGUUGGUUUUUGUAACGAAAAAAUGAGGAAAAAACUGUCGUUUACAUAUUCGUGAGUAUUUUAAUAACCGGGAAGUGUUGGACUGCACGCGAAACCGAGACUCCUCACGGUUUCGUCUGGAAAAUACGCUGCAGGUCAAUCUUGAUAAGACGAAAUAUCACAUAAAAAUAUUGUAUAAACUCUUCUCAAUACUGUUUGAAAGUAUCACCGAAAAACGGAAUUAUGGUAUUAUACAUGCUGGUUAUCAAAGAUUAACAUAUUGUAUGAAAUAACGGAGAAAUAGAAACUUCAAAAAUUAACAUUUUAGUGGGUAAGAGAUCCCGAUUUGUUCAAGAUGAUCACCUGCUGAUGAUGGUGAUCAUUAUAUAAUGGAUCACCUACUCCUCUUUUCGCAAUCAGAGAUUAUGUUAUUAUGUAAAUGAGGCUUCACGGUUUCGAUUUACUUAGAAGACUCUCUCAAUUAAUUAUGGGAAUUGAAUUCUAAUUUAUAUGAAGACAGUCGUUUUUCCCCUAUACGAAAGAAGGAUUCGUUCCAGAAUCAUCUACUUUCUUGGGAAAGAAAAUCUUCGCAAAAACAUAUCUCUACUUAAAUUAGAAUUCAAUUCCAAUAACUUAUUAAAAGCUAUUCCUAAUUUAAGCGAGAAACUGGAAAUCGAUCCAUACAAGGAGAGAACAACUCUGCUCUGAUUUCAAAAGGAUGAGUCCUUUAUAUAAUACAGUAUUAAAUUCUAAUAAUGAAUUUGAAAUGAUGAGAAAAUGCAAUCUCUUGAAAAAUGUUUGACUGCUCUUACAUUUAGUAGCUUCAGGUAAGUCAAUUAAAUACACCGAUGUGAAUUCAAAGCCUCCAUUGCAACUCAAGUGCAUUCUUCUUCCCCUCAUUACCAAUUACGAUCGCCUAACAAGGAUAAUAUUAUAAUUCCGUUUUUCUGUGAUAUUUUCAUUCCAUAAGAAGAUUGAUUUACAGCGUUGAGCGCUAAUUGUUAGUAAACGCGGGCUUUAUCGUGACUUUAGUUAUGUUUAACGGAAAAUCAGGGAAAGGAAAAUCGAAACAUGCCAAACCCCUUGUUCUAUUAAUAAUAAAAACGUAUACAAUUAAUCAAUCCUUGUCUCAAUUAUUAAGAAAAAGGAUUCAAUAUCUUGCAUACUUGAUAAAAUGGAAUGACGAUUAGUGGUUGAAAAGUUUCCGUCUCUAACCACUGGAAAAUAUGAAAAAAAAGAGAUAUGUGAUUAAAAUUGAAAGAUAUUUUGUUCUUUCACUUACAUUGGUUCACCGGUCGCUAUGUAGGCCCUGAUCUGCUCCUCGGAGACGUCUCCGAAGGUGACUUUCGUGCUCUCGAAGAAUUUAACUUCUUUAUUUCUGGUUUUCAAACAAACCCCUGAAAAUACUUCGUGCUCUUUGUUUUUUAAAUUAUUCAGUAUCCUAAAUGCAUCAGCUUUAUCCUUUGGUUUUCCGUAGAUCGUCUCACCCAUUGUGACGAUCGUGUCCGCCCCGAUGAUUAACUCUGGCGACUUCUGAUCAUUUUUCAGCCGUUGGAACACCUCUUGGACUUUGUAAUAAGCCAGGUCCUGGACGUAUUCUCCGUGAGUUUUAUACCUCGCUCGAUCCAGAUUUUCAUCGUAAGUUGAAGGAAUGCACUCAGCGUUAAUUCCCUAAAGAAUAAUUACCAUUAUUACAUCGGAUGGUGUUUUUAAAGACAAUUUUAUUGAAUUUACACAGUCACGAUCAGUCGAAUAAAGUCAACACCGCCAAUGAUUCACACUUUUCAAACGAAGUUUUUAAUAACUCAUUGUUAUGAUAAAGGCUAUUCAUUCAAAUUUAAUUCCAAACAUUGUCCUUAUGUUGCUAUCAACAACUCUUAUGAGCGUGAAUUUAUCUGGAAAACUGAUAAAAAAUCAAUCAAAAGUGCCAUAACUUUAUGAAGAAUUCACCAGUUUGAUUGAAAUUUCAGUUGACGUGUCGCAGUAUUUUCUAAAUUUCUCAAAAAUAAAAAGCAAAAAAUGUAGAUGAAAAUUGAAACUUUUCAUUGAAUUUUGAUUUCCAUUGUGGAAACUCGAAAAAGCGUGAAAAGUUUUUUCCAAGUUCUACAAACCGAUUACAACACAAAAUUGUAACCAUAAAUAUGCUCAUUUUUUUCGCUCAGCGAUAACAGUUGUGAGAGAUAAUUACUUUUUUUAAUUGUUCAGUGUAUUCCUUAUCAAGUUUAAAUACUUUUCGAUCAUCACAUUUUUCUGUUCUGUCAAUUCAAAUACUGAUAGUUUAAUUUUCCUGUAAUUUCCGAGAUUUUGAUGCAAUACCACCUGUUUAACUCACCAAAUUUUUAAUUAUCUCAUGCCGUCUCGGUGAUCCGCUUGCUAAAACCACUCUAGUGGUCAACGCCUGCACCGUUGGCUCCAACAUCCCGGAUUAAAUACUGCAAAAUUUAUUACAUUCUUUUGAUCAAUAAAUUUAUCGUACCAAAAUCCACGAAAAUCCCAAAAAAUCAGUUUUAAACUAAAGAAUUCCCGUGAUUGCCUCAGAAUUUGUUAAAAAAUGAAAAACAUCAACGAACUUUCAUAAUGUUAAUUAAUAGUGUAUUAAAUUGUAUAUUUUAUUAUUGUUCAGAAUUAAUUGAAUUGAAAACUACAUAAUUCCUAGAAAAGCGUAGUGAAAAUCAUAAAGUCUUAAAAAAAGCAAUCAACAAUUCGGCAAUUAAUAAUCAAAUGUAAUAUUUACUAAAUCUGUCGUCUUUGUUUUCAUCGCCACAAAGUGACUGAUAACCUCGAAACGUUUAGAAAGACCUUUACAAAUGCUUAAAAAUCAGGAAAAAAUAUUGAAAAAUACAUGGAAAGACAGUUGAAUACCUCAAUCAACGAUACGUAAUUUCCAAAAAUAAAAAAAAAAUUUCACGACAACAAAAGGCGGUUAUUUGACCCAAAUAAGAGUUUAUGGGAACAUUGCCAACGUUUAUGGAGAAGCAACCCAAAUUACUUAGUCAACAAGAACCCUAAUUAGAAAAGUUAAUCUAUGUACUCGAUUGUACAUCGUUAGUAUCCAAUUGUACAGUCAACUAUAAUGUUUGUACAUGAACUAAUUAGCGGGGACUUGGUUGUAAAUUUUCAACGUGAUGCCGGUCGACAACGCUGACGGGUGACUUGAUGGCUACUCGAUGGUUAGUCGAUUGGCCAUCGACUUGAAAUUAUUUUAAUCGAUAUAUAACCUCAAACUGCCAUUACAGAUUACAACAAAAAUAAUUAUUUGGUAAUGACCCAACCCAAUUACCGCACUUCGUUGAUUGUAUCCGUCGGCUGGUAAUUAUGUUUGAUUAUAACAAAACCAUUAUUUCAACAGUUUAUUCAUGUUCAGGAUUUAGUAUCACGUGAUCCUCUCCAACCGGGUCUUAAUAAGUAAAUGUAUCCAAUCAAGUAAAUAAAAAUCUUUUCCGAAUUAGGGAGUGUACAAACGAAAUCGUUAGCUGUACAAUCAUGUACUAACGAUCUCCAAUUAGAUACAUAACGUUAUUUGUCUAAUAAAUCCACUUGUCUAUUAAGUACUUUACGAUCUAACGUAGCUAAAAUCUUUCAGACUUAUUCAUUAUGAGAAGUCGCCGCAAUCUCAAUUGCAACUGACACAUUAUUAUUUUUACGAGACUGAUCACCGUAUUUGAAUUUCCCGCGUCGAACAUGGCCAUAUUCCGAUUACAUAUUGACCAAUGAGGGGAAAGUUUGACACAUGAAGUUAGCCCAUGGCUUAUGUGGCUAACUUAACUUAUAUUCUUGAGGUUUCUUGGGUAGAAUUAUUAUAACUAUUAUGCCAGCCCGGCAGUGAUGCCAGAUGGGGGCAAAAAUCCCACGCGUGGGAGUUUCAUGCGCAACUCCCUCGCGCACCUACCGCUACGGGGUAUGCCAAAUCCCAUGCGUGGGACUUUCAUGCGCAGCUCCCUCGCGCAACUACUGCUACUGGGCAUGCGCGCGACCACAGGCUCAAAUCAAAGGUGGCGGAUUUAAUCAUUUCUAUUCGCUAUUUCUAAUAAUUUCUAUAAGUAUAAUACAAUAAGAAUCUAAUCUACAUCAUGUAGAAUCUAGGUACUACAUUAAUUGAUUUUAACAAAAACAAAUACAGUACUUUCUUUAUUUGAUAUUUGUCUUUUUUUGAGGCUUACCAGGGCAACAUAGAUAUAUAUACACACAUAUAUAUAUGUACUUGCAUUCUUCCGCUUUUCGAUGCUCUUUUCAUUUCUCGAUUGUGACAGAUGUCAAACCCAGGAAACGCAAUAAGCUUGGUACUGAUUGCCUCAAGUCGAUUUGUCAGAUACGGUCCUCUAAUCAGUGUCACAAAGUCGAUUGCACUACUUUUCAAGUACAUCAGGAUCAUCUCGAUUUACAUAAUUCAAAUAAUUUGUAUCCCAAACAAUAUUCCUAAAGUGAGAAAAGUAUUUUUAGUUUAGUAGAAAGGAUAAUUUCAAGUAUUUUCGCCUAUUAAAAAGUCAACUCUUUCAAACUAUUAUAAUCAUCAUCUGCUCAUUAAACUCAGGUUCUCUCGAGGAUUCUAUACAACAUGAAAAACCAUUCAAUUAAUCUAUUUUUUCAGAACCAAACGGCCCUUUUUAGGGCCCCCAAAUGAUAAACGUGGAAAACUCAAUAAAGUUUUGUUAAUAAUAUCCUGAUCUUUUUUUAAAAUGAUUGCGUAAUAUUAAUUCUAUUUUUCGUUUGUGACGAAAAAAAAUUAUAUAUUCCCAAAAUUGACGCUCUUGGCCCGUGACCCACCCCCUUGUGACCCUCGGGACGCUUGACCCAUACCCAAGUGAUCCUCGCAUUCCUUGACUUUUCCAUAAAAUUCCCUCCUAACAUUUCAUCCAUCCCCCCUUACCCUCAUAACCCAUCAAACAUUACUUGAUAGAAUUCAAGUGUUUAAACGUGGCGCCAAGCAACCUGCGCCCUAGCUAGAGCGCAGUGGUACGCGGAGUGGGGCAGUGGGAGACGUGUGGGUCCCGCAUCUGGCAUCACUGCAGCCCGGUGAUUAUUCAAGUUAUUCUCCAGGUGACAUAUAUCGCUACUCAUGGGCCACUCAACCAUUACCUUUACAUCUUCGAUUGCCAGCAACAGAAAAAUAACUGACACAGAUUGGUCAGGAACUCGUCACGCGCUGAAUUAAUCAAUAUUCCGUGUUUUUUUUGGAUUUGAGGAAUUGAUAAUCAGUACGAGUGUCAUGGAGAACGUUCUGGAUGAGAUUGUCUCUUCGGAGGACCUCAAAAAGGACUAGUAGGUACGGUAGCUCUAGUAAUUGUGGUUAUUGCAAGCUUCUUCGGCCUAUGGAUUAUAGUGGACAAAAGCUCCAGAUCUUAGCCAAUGAAUUCUUCGCAAUUCUGAAUGACGAUGCUUGUACCUGUACCAAAAACUACUAUAAAGAAAAUUCGAAUACCAUCGAAGGUCCUCAAGAAUCAUCUCCGGAGAUGUUGAAGUAAUCACACAAUUGAAGAAAUCAUUAGUGAAGUUUUAAGCUGCAGAAGAGGGACUAGAUUUUAUCUAUCUUACUUUGGUAAUAUCUCCAAAGCUUUCAAACGAAUGCCAAAAGAUUUUUUUUUAGACAAUUAAGUCCCGGAAAACUAUCUUGUGACAUUUCUUUCUAAAUCGAAUCAUUAUCGACAUAAUUACGUGAUUAACAAAUGUGGUGUUGAGUCGAUGAGUGGCAGGACCGUUUUGUUAACUAGGUAAUUAUUUUCCUCAUAAGUGAUUUAAGAACAAAAUUUAUGAGAACUUUUUUUGUGAACAACUGAUUUGUUAGCAAAAAACUUCUGCGGUGUUUCCUCUUGAAAAUCUUCCCUUAGAAGCUAUCCCAAAAAUACUUAGGAUACUCUCAUCUGAAGCUUAUCACUUGACUAUAACAUCAGAAAAUUCAUUGAAAAAAUGGGGUUUUAAGUAUUGGAGACAUUCCAAACGCCACGAAAAAUGAAAAAAUUCUCUCGUCUUCUUAUUUUUCCGUUUUGUACAGCUUUCUUAAGUUAUUUGAACGAUUAUUUUAAAAAAUCAAAAAAGAAAUAUAAAAUGGAUUAACUAACAUAUAAUAAAAAGAGGGGGAUUAACUAUGUGCUUGAUUGAUAUACCGCAGCAUUGAUGUACUUGAAAUUUUUCUAUAAACACCAAAAUGAAAUCCCAAUUCUCUUCAUUAAUAAUUUUUCCGUUGAUUGAAAUGAAUGAAAAAUUUAAUAUUCCGUUGAAACAUUGCAAAGAUUUCCAGAACCAUUGUACUAAACAUGAAUUUGUUGUUUUUUCGAGAUUGGAAAUGUUAAUCAUACGAUUUUUUAUUUGUUCUAAUGAUUUUUGUAACUUGACGAAAAUAAAAUGUUUCAAGUUUCAAUA